CACACACACACACACUGUCAAUCAAUGAGAUAAAAGCUGUAUGUUUACAGUUUGAGAGAAAACCUCGCGAUACUUCCGCAUAACAACCGGAAUGUUGCCCUUGGAUACCAAAACCUUACUACAGUCAAGGAACAAAGAUUGCCAUUCGUAUGCAGUCUCCCGAUGGAAACCUGCUCUGGUGCCCCAGUGAGUCUUUGUGGAGCCUGAUCACUGACCAUGUUACAAAGUCAGAGCUGCAAAAGAUCAAAACAGCAGUGGGCUAUCACCUGGUUCAUAUGUACACAAGAGUGCACUCUGAGGCAACGAUGUUGCAGAGGAGCCAGCAAGGAAACAAUAGCAGCAGGGCAGGGACCCCUCUCCUACGUCAGCAGGGCUCCAUUCUGGCUGACCCCCCUGCAAUCAAAGAGCUGGUGAGAGCCGAGGUCAAGAUGUUACUACAGACUCUCAGAGAGAGAGCCAGCAGGGGAGCGAGAGAUGGCGAAGAGCUCGUUUUGCGGUACAAACCUAAAACAGUGGACUACGCUUUGGGUCACGUUGACAGCUGUUUUAGAAACUGUAGCAACCCUGAAUAUGGUGACGCUGGAAACAGACCAAUCUCUCAGUGUUCAGUUCAGUCCAAUGCUGAAGAUGAGAUUGAGGCAAUGAGAGACAAACUGAAUAUCUCUGACAUUGAUGAGGUGGUAAACCGACUCAAGGCUAUACUCACAGAGGAAUGUGAAGCGUUGAAAAGACUGGUGAAGCAUUUCAAGGAAAAUAUUAAACAAAAGACUCAAGGUGAUGGAUCAGAGCCUACACUUGCAGAGUUGAGAGAGCUUAGAGGAGCCAUUCAGAUGGACUUGGAGCUCUUCCCCUCAUCGUUGGCUGCUCCACCACCAGCUUCCUCCCCGCUCCCUCUGAGGGAUUUGAAAAGCAGGAUCAGUAUGCCAGCAGCACAAAGGGUUUCUGAGGACACGCUGCAAGCUUUAAAUACUACAUCAGACCUAAUGCGACCACAUCCACCACCUCCUCGGUGCCAAAACAAACCCAGGCCACCGUUUGGUGCUCCUCCUAGCAAGACCUCUGCAAAGGUUAAACUAAUUAAUAGUUCCUCACUAUCUCGGACUCUUGGACAGCCCAGAAGUGUAUCGGCUUCUCCUGGACUUGGGAAAACACAGACACCUAUCUGCAACAGGAUUGCUUCUUCUUGGCAUGCAGACAGCCACGUCCCCACUUCACCUCCAGGGCCUGUUGGUGAACAGAUAAUGGUUCAAACCACACACAACUGCAGUCCUUCUCCAGAGCAAGACAGUGCUGAUCUCCACUGCAGGAACUCCAGUUGUAAUCCUAGUUUUCAAAUAAAGACUCCAACUAUCCACGGAACCCAUCUAUCAUCCAGUCGCAGAAUUCACAGCCCAGGCAGAAAGUUCGAUUUCUCACCGCAGACUGUGAGAAGAGGCACUGCAACCUGGAGGCGAAGACCCAUCAAUACUAUCACCUCAUCCCCUCACUGUGACGCAGACAGUUACAGCAGCAGCAGCAGCAGCAGCAGCGCUGAGCACUCUGUGUCAGCAGCAGGGAAAUCAAAGACACAAAAUAGUACCUGUAGAGGUAGUUUAGUGUCAACAGCAGUGCAGGCAGACAAUAACAGAGGGAAGAUUACUCCUGAGAGUCUUCAUUCUUUAGGUGGCAGCAGGAGGAGCAACGCUGGACUUGAAAUAAAUAAAAACAGUCAUCUUGGGAAGGAUGUCACCCAACAGCAAAGCUUAGUAGCCACAGUUUGACAGAUCGCUCUCACAUCAUCCAGGAAGCAGUGAUACGACACAAAGACCUUUGUGUUAUCAACAGACAAAGAAAAUAGUUUGAGUGCUUCUAAAUUUGCGUGGAUUAAAUAUUUGUUUGGAACAUGUGUGUUGUAAAGAAAGCUAACAACUGAUACAUCACUGCUUUUAUAAAAUAAAAAGAAAGUGUUAUAAUUAC